UUUGUCAUUUUCGAUUUGACUUAUUUAUAUGCCGUGUUUUUAUCUUAAGGUUAUGGAUAGUUAAUUAUUAUAAAUAGUAAUAAGCAAAAGAAGUAAUAAAAUUAUCAAUCAAAGAAGCUUAAUCAAUAGUUAAAAUUAACUUCCAACUAUGGGAAUUUUUGAGAUACCAAGGAUAUUUUUUCUGAUGUUGCUUUUGUUUUGUGUAUUUAUAAGUAGCAAAAAACUUAACUUGCGCGAUUCAAAAUAUUCUCCUGAUUCAAAGGAAUUGAAUGAAUGUCGACGAUGUAAAGUGUUAACAGAUUCUUUUAAUACUUGGCUCGAGAAAACUUCUAGAGGAAAAUAUGAAGGCGGAGAUACAGCUUGGGAGGAAGCAAAAUUGAAAUCAUAUGCGCGUAGUGAGGUUCGUCUGGUAGAAAUACAAGAAGGUUUAUGUUCAGAAUUAAAAAUACAUCAAGAUGCAUGCUAUGCAAUUGCUGAGGAAUCAGAACAAGUUCUUGAAAAGUGGUGGUUCAAUAAAGAUUCAGUUUCACUAGAUUUAUACACAUGGUUAUGUAUUGAAAAUCUUCAACAUUGUUGUCCAAGUAAACAUUAUGGCCAAGCAUGUGAACCGUGUCUCCAAGAUGAGCACAAUAAUGUGUGUGCCGGACAUGGCCGUUGUGAUGGUGCUGGCACUCGGAAAGGAAAUGGUACAUGCAUAUGUAAAAAAGGUUACACAGGAAAACUUUGUGAUGAAUGUGCUGAGAGUUUUUACCAAACUAGUACAGGUUCUUGUGAAGUAUGCCACAAGGCUUGUGAUGGAUGUAGUGGGGAAGGUGCAGCUGCUUGUGAUUCAUGCAACCCUGGUUGGGAAAUGCAGUCUGGUGUGUGCAUAGACAUAGAUGAAUGUGUGGAGGCAGUUUGUGAAGGUCACUAUUACUGUAGCAAUACAGAAGGCUCUUAUAAAUGUAAUGAAUGUGAUUUAUCAUGCAAAAGUUGUGCUGGUGAAGGAUCUUCAAACUGUACAUCAUGUGAGUCUGCCAGUGUGCUAUGGUUCGGCAUGUGUAUAGACAAUGAACUCAAACAAAAUAUUUUAACAAGUACCUAUAAAAGAAUAGCAAUGUAUGUUGGUUUGCUAAUCAUUACAAUAUUUAUAUCACACACAUCAAGAUCAAUAGCUUCAAUUGUAGUUUUAAUUAUUGCAAUAUUAAUGUACUUCUUAGAGAGGAAUCUGAAAAUGAAUACUUUAGAUGUAGUUACCCAAACAUUAAAUGAAAAUGGGAUAUUAUAAAUUGCAUAUCAAAUA